AUGAUAUAUUCGGACCGGACGCCUCAUAUAAUUCCGAUCGAACUUCAGCGAAAACGGAAAAAGAUUGAUAUCGAAGUAUUAAAAGAAUUGACGGUUACUGACAUCGACAAUCUCAUUCCAUUAGAGAAAUUUGGAGUGAGAAUAAAAUUUAGGCAACAGUUAUUUGCUUGGAAACGAGAUAAUGGAUAUGUUACACCGCUUGCAAGUACUGUUUCUGUGAGUGCAGAUCCAUCAUUUAAUGCAAUUGAAAAUUGGUUAAAUACAGUUCCUGUUGUUUUAGAUGAGGUAACAGGGUCCGAAAAUUGUGUUAAAUUGGACCUACUAAGCCUAAUGAAAAGUUCAGUUACUGGAAAAGUAACUAUCCAUAAUUAUAAUACGCAUAAAACAUUAUCUGUGAAUGAUAGAAAUACUGUCUCAACUUUAAUCGCUGAGUUUUGGUUAAACAACAAUAUUAAAGUGUCUCAUAAGGAAUAUGAAACUGCAGCUAACCAAAUAAAAAUCAAUUUUCCUUCUGAAGAUGAGAAAACAUACUUAAAUAGUAAAAAACAACGGGGAAAAUUAGCUGAAAAGUACUAUAGUCUUUGCAAAAAAUAUCGUCAACAAGGACUUAUAAAAAGUAGAUACAAUUUGAAACGAAAGGCAGUAGACGACAUAAGUUCGUCAACCAGUGAAUAUAAUGAUGACUUGGAAGGAGGGGAAAGUUUUGGAGAUUACGAAUGGUUACGGUACAAUACAGCACCCCCUAAUUUAGUAUAUGAAAAGUGGGGUAGGACCUUCAGGCAACGUAAGAAAGAUAUUGCUGGAGAUGUUAACAUUUUUGAGAGAUGGCCCAUAUUAAAGCAAGAAAUUGCUGUUUCUUUGAUUGAACUGGACUUUAAUAAAAUUUAUCCUGACAAAAACACAUUGCUCUUUGCAAAAUGGGAUCAAUUUGCUAUUAAAAUUAAACCUAUAUACUUACGAGAUAUUAAAGACAAAAGAUGCAAAUUAUUAUUAGAUUAUUUAGAAUCUCCGACAGUUAAUGAAGAUUCUAAACAUUACAUACUGUGCAUAAAUUUAAAUGCUUUAUUUAUUCCUCAUAUAAUAAAAAAGGGGAAAGAAAAACCAUAUAGACCAUCUAUUUUGGAUGCUCAAAAUUCUUUUGCAGUUCACGUUACGGAUAAAACGUAUGUACAAACUUACAUAGAAAAACGAAAAACGGAAUUAGAAUCGCAAAACAGGACAUUCCAACCCACCAUCAUUGUGGUAGGUGACUCUAUUCAUAAUUUGGUAUCUUUUUAUGUAUAUAUUAAUGAUGUCUUAUAUGAAUGCAGUUCAUUUUUAAAAGCUGUUUCAACUACAUUUCAGAUAUAUCAUGUUUUUAACCUAAAGUAUCCGUCUGAAUGUAUGCAAGUGUGGCAGUUUUUUGAAAAUUAUUUUUAUGAAUUGCCCAAUUUAACUAAAAUUAGUACAGCGCUAAAUGCAGUUAUAUCUGAAAUGAUUCGUUGAUCUGUCCUUCUUUUGUCAAAUCAUUGUUCUUAAAAUGAAAUGUUUUUUAUGCAAUAAUACAUUUCAAAAU